UCGAAGCCCCACAAAGGGAUUGCGAGGAGAGAAGCCGCGGUGGGGGGUGCCUUUGAGCUCUAGCCGCACAGAAAGAUACAUGUACAUAGAUACAGAUACAGAUAUAGCCAUUGGCAUCGGAGAGAUUGCGGAGAAACGCGCUUUCUGUGCGGUUGGUUAAACAUUACAAAAAUCGAGGAAGAGCGGUGAGAGUGAAACAAAGAAAGAGUCAUUUAAAAAACAAAGAGUGCAUGUUUCACUUUAAUACUUGUGCUACAAUGUGUGAAGAAAAAAACAACUUAGUAAACAGUAGAUGGCGGGCCAAAUAAUUAUUUCGAAUGCUAAAUAAUUUGAAAUCAAAGAAGAGAGUGCAAGGGCAAAGUAUCGAAAAAAACAAAGGCAGCCAAAGAUCAACGAAUGACUCAGUGGCGGUGAAAUCCAGCAGACGCAUCCAUCGCAAUCAACCCGCCCACCACCCAUCAAACAUCACACAAAUCAGCCAAGCAAAUCAGCCAUGGAGUUUGCUCGCCGAGUGUCCGCUCGCUUCGAAACCAAAAGACUGCCGGAGGAUGUGGACGAUGGCCUGGAGACGCUGGAGGAGUACAAGCAGCGCUGGCGCUCCGUUCGCAUCAUCUACUUUACCAUGUUUCUGAUGGCGCUGGGCUUCAGCAUCAUUCUCACAGGCAUUUGGCCCUACCUCAACAAGCUAGAUCCCGAUGCGGGCAAGGAGUUCAUGGGCCUCAUUGUGGCCGCCAAUCCGCUGGGGCAAAUGAUCUUCAGCCCGAUCUUCGGCUGGUGGGGCAACAAGCUAGGCAAGAUUCGUCUGCCGCUGCUGCUUUCGCUGUCGCUAUUCACGCUGGCCAGUGGAAUAUACUCCUCGCUGGAGCUGCGUCCAGACCAUGUCAAGUACUGGAUGCUCUCCUCGCGGUUCCUCAUCGGUGUCAGCUCGGCGAAUAUUGCCCUGUGCCGGUCGUAUUUGUCCGCCGCGACGCGAAUCAGCGAACGCACCCAUGCCGUUGCAAUGGUUUCGCUGGCUCAGGUCCUGGGCUUCAUCAUUGGACCGACCCUGCAGGCGGCAGUCACGCCGCUAGGAGAUCAGGGGCACGUUUGGCUGUGGGGCAAGAUGCACUUCAACAUGUACACGGCAUCCGGAUGGAUCAAUGUGCUGAUGAGCAUUGGAAACUUCUUGAUGUUCCUGCCCGGUGUGUUUGAGGAGCACAAAAUCGCAGCUCGCGAGGUGAUGGUAAUGCAGGGCGGCACAUCCGAGAAGGAGACUUGGAAAGGCAUCAAGCCAAGCUAUCUGUCCGCAUGGACUUUGAUCGUCGCCUUCUUUGUUCUGGUAUUCAACUUUGUGCUGCUGGAGACACUGGGCACAUCCCUGACAAUGGAUAUGUUCGCUUGGUCCAAUGACGAAGCCCUCUGGUACAUGGGCAUCAUGAUGACCACCGCAGCUAUUGUGUCCCUGAUCACGUUCGUUUUGAUUGAGCCCAUGUGCAAGAUUAUUGCCGAGCGGUAUGUGCUCAUCUGGGGCGGAUUCUCGCUCAUGUUUCUCGGACGCGUGCUCUUCGUGCCUUGGGGUCCGGAUCCGCCAAAGCUGGCGCAGCCUUUCAACGCCAGCUGGAAUCUGAGCGAAAGCGAUCCCAUCUUCUUGGGCUGCCCCACAACGCAGAAAUGGUGCGGCGAACUGCCGGCAUUGACCCUGACGCAGUUCAUCAUUGGAUUUGCCUUCACCUCGAUAGGAUAUCCUAUUGGCGUGACACUCAUCCAGACCAUAUUCUCCAAAGUUCUGGGUCCCCGGCCGCAGGGCGUCUGGAUGGGCUGGAUGACCGGUUCAGGUUGUCUGUCCCGCGUCCUUGGUCCUGUCUUCGUGGGAUCUAUCUACACGCGCCUGGGCACAUUCUGGACCUUCGGCGUUACUUCGGCCAUGAUGCUGGUUUCCAUGUUUUGGCUACAGUGCAGCAACCGCUUACUAAUCCCACCAACAUUUGAGAAGGCCACACCUGUGGAGCUGCAAGAACUGAACAAGCACAAAGGUAGCAAAUUGGACGAGAACGGCAGCCAGCACUCCAUUUAACGUCACGAAGGGAGCGCCAGUAGAUCUAAGACACACCGUUGCAAUACUGCCCCUUAAACUAGCUUUAAAAUACAUGUUUAUUUUUGCAUA